UUUUUGGCAGUAAUUUAAUCGAUGAAGUUGAUGGUCGCAAAUAGGUUGUGGCCGCAAAGUGGAAUUUAGAUAAUUUUGGGACCAUCUAUGCAAAAUUAUGGAUGACUUGGAAAAACUUGAAUAUCUUUCUUUGGUGUCGAAAGUUUGUACAGAAUUAGACAACCAUCUUGGAAUGAACGAUAAAGAUUUAGCGGAAUUUGUCAUCAAUCUCGCUGGAAAACAUGUCACUGUCGAGUCAUUCUCAUCGGCAUUAGCUAAAAAUGGAGCAGAGUUUCCACAUUCUUUUACAAGAAAUCUUUUGUCUCUUAUACAUAGAAUGAGGCCACCACAAAAGAAAAGAAUAAAGAAUAAAAAGUUAAAAAAUGAUUCAAAAAGCGAUGGGAAUGACAAAGGACCCGAUUUUAACAGACAUAAGACAAUGUUUCCAGCAUUAUGCAUUGCUGAUGAUAAAGAUUAUGUCAAGAAUUUGUUAUCAGAUGAUGAAAAAGAUGCGGCUUCCACCAUGGACGCCCUUGCAUCCCUCAUGCCUGGUAGUAUCGAAGAUUUGGAAAAAGAUGAGAAAAAAUCAGUGAAAAAAAAAUCACAAGAUAAAAAAGACGAAAGAAGAAACAAACACUCACACGAGUCUCGACGUUCUCCUGAAAGACAUUCUCGUCAUUCACGAUCGAGGUCCAGGAGUCCUCAUAGGAAUAGAAGUCGUGAUCGUAAUUACAAAAGACAUGGAAGGUCAAGAUCCAAGUCACCAAAUUCGAGGCAUCGUGGAAGAUAUUUUUCAAGCUCUCAUAAAGACCACCCUGGGUCAACGAGAAAGAGAGUUAGGGAGAAUGAAGAUAGAGAUAGAAGUAAAGAAAAAGAAACAGCUAAAAGAUCAGCACUGCCGGUGGAACCAAAGCCUGGUGAUAUUUAUGAUGGAAAGGUUACGUCGUUGCAGCAAUUUGGAUGUUUUGUUCAACUUGAAGGCCUUGCGAAAAGAUGGGAAGGUCUUGUACAUAUAUCAGAGUUGCGGAAAGAAGGGAGGGUUGCUAAUGUAUCAGAAGUUGCUCAUCGGGGAAUGAAAGUUAAGACGAAGGUGCUCAGUUUUACUGGUACUAAAGUAAGUUUGUCGAUGAAAGAAGUUGACCAGCGAACUGGUGAAGAUCUAAACCCCAAGCGGAUACAUCGUUCUCAACCAGCUUCUGAAAAAUCGAAUGAAACUACUGGUAGGAAUCCGGAUCGUCCUUGUGAUAUACCACUUGCCAUGGCAAAAGAUUCAGAGCAUGGAUCAUCACCAACAAGAAUCAAUAAAAUGUCUGACAUGGAAAGAUGGGAAAUAAAACAAAUGAUUUCAGCUGGAUGUAUGGAUGUCACUGAACUACCUGAUUUUGAUGAAGAGUCUGGUGUUCUUCCAAAAGAUGACAGUGAUAAUGAAGAUUUAGAAGUUGAUUUGGUGGAAGAAGAACCACCAUUUCUCAGUGGACAUACCAAGCAAAGUAUUGAUCUCAGUCCAGUAAGAAUCGUUAAAAAUCCUGAUGGUUCUUUGUCCAAGUCAGCAAUGAUGCAAAGUGCUUUAUCAAAAGAAAGAAGAGAAAUCAAGCAGCAACAAAGGGAAAGCGAGUUGGAUUCAGCACCUGCAGGCCUCAAUAAAAAUUGGAUUGAUCCAAUGCCUGGUACAGCUAACCAGCAAGUUGAUGGUAAUUCAAAGGGUGCUGGUCUAAUGGUGUCUGAUAUGCCAGAGUGGAAGAAGCAAGUUUUUGGAGGCAAAAAAGCAUCAUAUGGCCGAAAAACGGAGUUGUCGAUUAUAGAACAACGUCAAGGUCUUCCAAUUUAUAAACUUAAAGAACAGUUGGUACAAGCUGUUCAUGAUAAUCAAAUUUUAAUUGUGAUUGGAGAGACAGGAUCUGGGAAAACUACUCAGAUUACUCAAUAUAUUGCUGAAGCCGGUUACACAUUAAGAGGUAAAAUCGGAUGCACUCAACCUCGUCGAGUUGCUGCAAUGUCUGUAGCAAAAAGAGUUUCUGAAGAAUUUGGCUGUCGACUUGGCCAGGAAGUUGGCUACACGAUUCGAUUUGAAGAUUGCACAAGUCAGGAAACUGUCAUUAAAUACAUGACUGAUGGUAUGUUGUUGAGAGAAUGCUUGAUUGAUUCAGAUUUAAAACAGUAUGCUGUUCUCAUGUUGGAUGAAGCCCAUGAACGUACAAUACACACUGAUGUUUUAUUUGGUUUGCUGAAGAAAACUGUACAGAAACGGAAAGACAUGAAACUCAUCGUUACAUCAGCAACGCUAGAUGCCGUCAAAUUUUCACAGUAUUUCUUCGAAGCUCCCAUUUUUACGAUUCCAGGAAGAACAUUUCCUGUUGAAAUAUUGUAUACAAAAGAACCAGAGACUGAUUACAUGGAUGCUUCUAUGAUAACCGUUAUGCAAAUACAUCUUACUGAACCACCUGGUGACAUUUUGUUAUUCUUAACUGGCCAAGAAGAGAUCGACACUGCCUGUGAAAUACUAUUUGCCAGAAUGAAAUCACUUGGCCCAGAGGUUCCAGAACUCAUUAUAUUACCGGUUUAUUCUGCUCUACCUUCUGAAAUGCAAACCAGAAUUUUUGACCCUGCACCACCAGGAAGCAGAAAGGUUGUAAUAGCAACAAACAUUGCUGAGACAUCACUUACAAUUGAUGGGAUAUAUUAUGUAGUUGAUCCUGGAUUUGUCAAGCAGAAAGUGUAUAAUUCAAAAAAUGGAAUAGAUCAACUUGUUGUGACUCCUAUUUCGCAAGCACAAGCGAAACAAAGGGCUGGUCGUGCAGGACGUACUGGGCCAGGAAAAUGUUACAGAUUAUACACAGAACGAGCAUACAGGGACGAAAUGUUAACCACAGCAGUUCCUGAAAUUCAGCGAACUAAUUUAGCAUCUACGGUAUUGUCACUCAAAGCAAUGGGUAUCAAUGAUCUGCUUUCAUUUGAUUUUAUGGAUCCCCCACCUAUGGAGACGUUAGUUACUGCUAUGGAACAGUUGUACCAUCUCAGCGCUUUAGAUGAUGAAGGCCUCCUUACAAGAUUGGGACGAAGGAUGGCUGAAUUCCCCCUGGAGCCGAUGUUGUGUAAAAUGUUGAUAAUGUCUGUUCAUCUUGGAUGCAGUGAUGAAAUAUUAACAAUCGUAUCAAUGUUAUCUGUACAAAAUGUAUUUUAUCGACCAAAGGAAAAACAAGCUUUAGCUGAUCAAAAGAAAGCGAAGUUCCAUCAAAAUGAAGGAGAUCAUUUAACCCUACUAGCCGUGUAUAAUUCAUGGAAAAGCAAUAAAUUUAGUAACCCGUGGUGUUAUGAAAAUUUUGUUCAAGCAAGAACUCUAAGAAGAGCUCAAGAUGUCAGAAAACAAAUGCUUGGAAUAAUGGACAGACACAAACUUGAUGUUGUAACAUGCGGGAAAAAUACUGCCAAAGUGCAGAAAGCAAUAUGUAGUGGAUAUUUCCGAAAUUCUGCCAAGAAAGAUCCUCAGGAAGGUUAUCGAACCCUUGUUGAUCAGCAGGUUGUUUAUAUUCAUCCAAGCAGUUCACUUUUCAACAGGCAACCCGAAUGGGUAAUAUAUCAUGAACUUGUUUUAACCACAAAAGAAUACAUGCGUGAAGUUACGAACAUAGAUCCAAAAUGGUUGGUUGAAUUUGCUCCCAAAUUCUUUCGUAUGGGUGAUCCUACAAGAUUGAGUAAACAGAAGAAACAGCUAAGACUGGAACCACUUUACAAUCGAUAUGAAGAACCAAAUUCUUGGAGAAUUUCUCGUGCUUACCGACGGAGAUAAUCAUGUCAAAUAUGAUGGUGGUUUUAUGUCUUGAAAAUUGAAAACAUUCAAUAAACCUUGCCAAGGGACUUUCGAAACUGCGGCAAAACCAAGAUCUUGUUUUAUCAUAUUUUUUACAUUCAAUUUAUAAUACAAGAAGAUGCCAUUCAUAAA